AUGGCUUUCACUUGUUCUGAUAUUUGCAAAAUUGUCUUUGCCGUCAUCCUUCCUCCUCUUGGCGUUUUACUCGAGAGAGGCUGUACUUGCGAUCUCUUAAUCAAUAUUUUACUGACAUGUCUCGGUUACAUUCCUGGAAUUGUUCAUGCGCUUUACAUUAUUCUAAAAUAUUAG